AGCGAGCGAGCGCCGGAUCCGCCGCCGCCGCCAGCAGCCGGGGAGCGGGGUCGGGGUCGGGGCAGACAGGUAUUUAUUUUCUCAUUCAUGAAAUAUGGACAUUGCUGAUAUGGCCAGCAUAUAUCGCCCACUCCUUAUUGCCUGCCACGCCAUUUCAGAGAUCCUUUAAGUGUUCACCGUAUUGGUGGAUUUGGAGUCACAUGCAGGUCAACCAGGUUUGGAAACAUGGCUCCAAAUUCUGAAGUCCUUCGGUUUAAGUUUACAAGCUAUGGAGAUUCCAUGUUACAAAAAAUGAAUUUGCUGAGGCAGCAAAAACGAUUCUGUGAUGUUACGAUUCGAAUCAACAACGUGGCAUUUCUGGGGCAUAAAAUAGUUUUUGCUGCAUGCUCUCCCUUUUUGAGGGAUCAAUUUUUGCUGAAUGAUUCAAAGGAUGUCAGAAUUUCACUUCUCCAGAGUUCUGAGGUUGGAGAACAGAUACUUUUAUCCUGCUACACUGGUAUCCUAGAAUUCCCUGUGAAGGAAUUGGUAAAUUAUUUAACUGCUGCAAGCUAUCUACAAAUGGGUCACAUUGUGGAGAAAUGCACACAAGCUCUUUCUAAAUACAUUGAGCCAAAGUUGUUGUCUGAUGACCAAGGGCACCAAGUAGGGGAAAGCAGCACUUCAAAUGCAUUUCCUGAAAGUUCAGAAAGGCUACAAGAAAGUCCACUCUCUGAUUCUGGAAAGAACAAAAUGGAAGAUCUCACACAGACUCAAGAUAUUUCUGACUGUGAAACGGACUCUGAAGACAGCAACAUUCGUAUUGUCAAGGUGGAAUCUCUGACUAGUGAUAUUCAAGAGAGUGAGAACGGCGACAGUUUGAGCCAUCUCUCCAAUAACUACAGUAAUAGUGUGGAAAGAGUUGUCGCACAUUCUCCCGAUUCGCAGCACUCCCUCGUUAAUUCAUCGGUUGAUUCCAGAAGCAACAGGGUGUUAGACAGCUGUUUACAGAACUUUGUAGCUGAUCCGCCCAGAUUGUCGGAAGUGGUGAAUGGCACAAGUUUUAUGCUGGCAGCUAAUGAGUUUGAGCUGCAAGGUCUGAGCAGUUUUCCAAAUGAGGAAAUGGCGGCGGCGGGUGGGUUUUUAUUCCGACGCAACAGGGGCACAAAACUGUUUGCAAACAAAACCAUGUACACCAAUCAUAUUAAAAUGCAGGACAAAUGGCUUCAGAAGCCCCAUCAUUGCAGUAAAUGUGGUAAAGUUUUUCAGCACCUCGAAAACUUCAUCAGCCAUCUGAAAACUCACAAACUUUUCCUGUGUCUGCGCUGUGGUAAAAUCUUCACGCAGAAGAGUAAUCUGACGCGGCACAUCCGAGUACACACGGGAAUCAAGCCCUACCAAUGCACGAUCUGUGGGAAGACAUUCACACAGAAAUGUUCUCUGCAGGACCACCUGAAUCUCCAUAGCGGUGACAGACCGCACAAGUGCAACUACUGUGAAGUGGGCUUUGCACAUAAGCCCGCUCUCAGGCGCCACCUCAAAGAACAGCACGGGAAGAAAUGUGUAGAUAAUGUCACUGAAGGAAGCAUACAAGAAAUUACUCUAGAAGUAGAUACUAUUGAAUGACUGUGGUAAUUUACUGGAUGUAACAUCUUCUAAGAAGGUCAACAAAACCUCUGUGCAAGCGGUAAACAAUUGAGGGAAGUUGGUAAAGAUUUUCCACCAAAUGGAUUAGAAAAUAUGCAGAACACUGCACUUGGAUGAAAUGUUCCGUAGAUUUUAAUCAGAUGAAAUAGAGCCCACUGUAACAGUUGUUUUAUUAGGAAUGGGUAUAAUUUGAAAAGUGCAAUUCAGUACUUUUAAAUGAACAAUGCAUUUUAAUGGGCCACAUAGUUUUUAAUGGAUGAAUAGGUGACAUAGCCUUGUGUUUGUUUCGUUCUCUUUCCUGUAGGGCUAUAUAAUAAGGCACAACAACCCUCUAUAAUUGUAGGUAACUGAAAGCAUCUGGUUAGUUAUCUAAUUUUCCAGGAACUUGUGAAACCUUGCCUUAUGACUUUGUCAAACAUAGGAACAGGAGGAAGCCAUUCAGAGCCUCCAGUCUUUUCCGUCACGCGACUAAUUUCUGCUUAAUUCUCCUUACUGGGCCUUGUUCCACAUUCCUUAGUCAGCAAAAAUCUAUUGAUCUCCAACGUGAAAAUUUCAUUUGAGCCAGCAUUCACUGCCUUUCCAGGGGAAGAUAGUACUAGAUUUUUCACUACAUUUUAUCCUGAUUUCUGUCCUAAAUGUAAAAGUGAUAUCUACAUUGCACUGGAGGAAGCAGUUCUGUGUGUCUCUCUUGUUUAAUCCCUUACUAUUUUAAAGCAUCUUACAUAGAUCAUUCCUUUUUUAAUCCUUCUUUUACUAAUAAUAUUCUAAAGAAUGAUUUCAAACAUUUGGGCAAUCUUUUUUCAGUCCUGUCUUCCUCUGUUGUCUCUAGAUUUGUACCAGUAAUAUAUGCUAGUUUGGGAAAUUAGGGCUAUUUGUUGAUAUGCUGUGCGUUUCAAACUGAAGGACACUUCAUAGUUUCUUCAAGAAUAGUGAUUUCAUACUCUGUGUAUUUUCACCAAAUUUUUAGAACUUGUAAUUCUUCCAGAAAUUAUCAUGGACAUAUCCAUCUACCACGGUGUUGGAGAAAUCAUGGGAGUGUUUGCUAUCUCAGAAUUGUUAUCAUGGGAGUUGCUGUAUAUGAAGGUUUUGUGUUUAAAAUUGAAGUGUCUGUUUUGAAACCACAGGACUUGUCAAUCCUUGAACAUUUUGACAAAUGGUCUGUACAAAAUUCUACUGAUGUUAUCCAGUGAGAUACACGAGUAUUGAUUUGAAGCUUGGAAUAAUGUUGGCUUGGACUAUUUUACAAAAUGCCUCUUCACUCCACUCCCUCUCUGCAAAAAAGAAUCAACUGUGUGAUACCUACUGACAAGCAUUUAUGUUUCUCGAAUUGACACUAAAGUUGUGAAUUUAACCUCUGUGCACAAACCACUGAUGUUCCAUAUCCAGAACUAAUUUAUAACUAGCGUCUUUUUAGCAGCGAGGGAGCAUUCACCUCAUCAGAUGUUUUCUUGUGUUGUACCUUUGGCAUUUAGGAUCUUGCAAACCCUUUUCACUGUCCUGCUAAUAGUGAAAGUGUGCUCUAGAGAAACAUUGAACUAAAUCUGUGGAGGAACGUUUCAUUUAAUUGAUCCUGAGUGCUUUUUGGCUCGUGAAAUGGUGAAGCAGUGUGGUCACUGUAGCAAGGCAAGUUAUGUAGCAUCCAUUUUGUGCAUGAGUCCCACAAACAGGAAUGGGAUAAUUGUUUUUAAAUGUUGUGGACUGAGGGAGUAAAUAUUAAUCAAUAAACCAGUCAAUUUCCCAUGCCCACUUUUUAACGAAGCAAGAGAUCAUUUGAAUUUUCUCCGAGAUUAAUUAGGGUCUUUGUUUAAUAUCUCAUCCAAACUGGAAUCUCCAACAGUGCGGCACUCCUCUGGAACUAUACUGCGCAUGUGUCUCAGGACUGAGAAUUCUGAUUGAAAUGAAAUGGUACCACCACACCACUCACUGCCUCUGCUUCCUCAGCAACUCUCCAUUAGUACUUUUACUAUAAGUACAUGCGUUUCCUAUAAUUAUAGCGCCCUGGCCCCUUGAAAGUAAAGAAUGAAAGGAACAAAUCCAAUCCUCUGAUGCUUAUGAACCACCAAGAAGGAUACACCAGAACUAAUCUUUCUACUGAACGUUGCUGUUCAAUAUAAUUUAAUAACAAGGUGUGGAUAGCGUUUCCUGCUGCACUGCUAUUGCCAGUUUCGGUUAAUUGCACUCAUUUAAGAAUGCUCUUAAAGGCACAUAAAUUAUCUUUUUAUUUUUCUAAGGACACUAACACAAUUUUUUUAAACCAAACUAAUUGCUAUACACGAAUAAAAAGAGCAAAUAGUUCAGAGGUUUUAAAAUUGCGAUAUGGGUGACGGAUUAUAUUUAGUCUAGUUGAUUUUAAAGGCGAUUUAUUACAUUGGAAAAUGGGUUUAAUGUAAAUUUACAUGGAUUUUUUUUAAAGCAAAUUAUUUUUUUAAGUUGUAUUCUAAACACACUUAAACACACAGUUGCAUUUGUUAAUUACUUUUUUGCAUUAAUUAAUUAGUGUGAGCCGAAUAAAAUUAACACUGGCAAAUAUUUAAGCUCAGUUCACCUGUGAUUGAUCGUAGCCGAAAAAGAAAUUUCAGAGCGAGAUAAAUAAUUGUUUUGAUUAAUGGAAUUACUACCUUCCAUAAUUCUGUCUUUCUAACAGAUCAUCAUAUUAUCCUGGAGUAUUUCCCCCCAAUAGGCCCUUCAAUGUUUAUCAAGCUGAGAUAGAUAUGUAAGCAACUUCUUCCUCACUUUUUGCUAUUUUCCAAGCCAAAAAGCAUCCAAGCACUUUGUCCUCAUGAGGCUUUCCAGCCCAACUUUUGAAGCUUCAAUAGCUAAAUCUAGCUGAUCCUUUGUCUUUCCAAAUCCAUCCUCCCCAAAGAAGCUGACAGAGUUUAAGAUAAACGUUGGAAAGCACGUGUCUCUUGCAGAGGUCGGGAUGACCAUUGAAGAUGAUUUUGGGAGGCAUUAAAAUAAACUUCAGGAAAAAAAUGGAAGACAAUUAUGUCAAACAAUCAUGUAGAAAAGCAGGGGAAACAUUUAAAUGGUUCAGCAGCCAUGAGGUUAAAAGUCUGUUUAAUGGUAACAUAGAACACUAAUGUUAUUCUCCAGGUGAAUUACAAUACUAUUGGGGUUGUGGGGGGGGGGGGGGGGGGGGGGAAACAAGUACAAAUCAGGUCUUGGCAGAAUACAAGAAACUCCCCAAGGGGAAUAACAAGAGAAAAGCUGUGAAAUGACACAUCAUGGAUCACAAACAAAAUAGCACAAUAGUCUACCUGCACAUAAACUAAAAAGGUUAAUUAAUGUUAAUCAGACAAUUGAGGGGGCAAGAUAAUGAAGAAGUGAUGAAAAUGUUAUAUAAAAUGCGUAGUGCAGGUGUCAGAGGUUAUGGGGAUAAGGCAGGAGAAUGGGGUUAGGAGGGAGAGAUAGAUCAGCCAUGUUUGAAUUGUGGAGUAGAUUUGAUGGGCUGAAUGGCCUAAUUCCACUCUUAUUCCUUAUGACCUUAAAUCUCAGCAGACCCGGCAGCAUAUGUGGGAAUAGAAACAGUUGAUUACUUUGCUUCGGUAUUUACCAGAAGAUCAGUCAUGACAGCAGAAAAUUAGAUUACAAUGAUGCAAGUUACAGGGGGGAAUGUUUAAAUGAGUCAUACUUGAGGAUAAAGCCCCUGCAGGGUACAGUUGCAUCAAUGUAUUUCAACAGAAUCAGAAGAAUUACGUAUUUUAAUUAAUUAAACAAAUCUAGUGCCAAAGGACUAGCUGAUAGCUAAUGACAUGACACAGGUCAGAAGGAAGAUAGUACAUGACAGAUAUCUUAACAUUGGUAGUAGAAAAAGUAAUGGAAUUUUACCAAAAAACUUCGAAAAAAGCACCAGAAAUUAAAAGUGAUGAAUAGUCAAAAUGAAUUUAUAAAGGUGAGCAUUGCUUGACCAACCUCAUUGAUCUCUUUGAAGAAGUAAUUUAGAAAGUAGGUAAAAGUGAUGUAAAAUAUCUGGAUUUCAAUGAGGUCUUCAAUAUGAUGCCACUUAAUGGAUUAUUUAGUUAGGUCAUGCCAAGUUUGGAUGAUUAGCAGAGGGAAUAGCUUGCCAGCAAAGAGAGGAGAUACAAGAAGGAGGGAAGUGGAUUAUCAAGGGUGAGGGGAGACACAAGGUAGUGCAGUUGCUGAAAUCUUGCUGAUGGAACUCAGCGGGUCAGGCGGCCACUGUGGAUGGAAAUGGGCAAGCAACAUUUCAGGUUGGGACCUGUUUAGACUUCCACUGUUUAGACUUGAAGUAACAUAAUUUCUAAAUUUGUGCUGACUCCUAACUAGUAUAAUAAACAACGAUAAAACUAACAAGUUACACGACCAAUUAAUUAACAAAAUCUAUAUUUGGCAAAUUAAGUUCAACACAUCAAUAUUUGAGAAUUAGAUUCUUAACUGGAGGAGUGGAGCAAGAGAAUUUGGGAUGCAUAUCAUGGGAAGCUCUGACACAGGUCAGUUUGUCCACAGUUGAAAUAGAGAUGCUGUAUUAAAAUGUUACUGACCUUGAUUUGGUCGCAUUGGAAGUGUUAGGUAGAGUUUUGGUUGUUUUGCAGAAAGGAUAUAGUCGAUCGGUAGAGGGUUCACAAAUACUUUGUAAAAAAAAUACCAGAACUAAGUGCUUGUAUCCUUCGGGAAAGAAUGCACACCUUGGGUCAUUUCUCAUGAAAGAGACAAAGAGUUUACCUUAAUCAUAAAAAGCUUGAUAGACCAGAGAAUGUGUUUUUGACUCGAGGGGAAUUGCAAAAUUAAAGAGGCCAUCACCAUAUAAGUUCUCAAAUUGGGAAAUUCAGAGGAAACUUCAUCACCUGAAAAUCACUCCUGUACGAAGUAGAUGACGUGAAUAGUUUAGAUGCCUUGAAGGGGAAGUAGAAUCUAUGUACAAUGGAGGAGAUUCUUUUUCAGAUAGCAGACAGAUGAAGUCAAUAUGAAGAAAUCAUUCAUCAGCCUGAAGGAAUUCCUCCCUCCCUCAGGUCCCCCCCUCCCUCCUCCCUCCUCCUCCUCCUCCUCCCCCCCCCCCCCCCCCCCCGACUUCCUGAUCACCAUUUGUGCGUGUAACGUUUUGGAGACUCCUCUUGCAGGGAUAAGGAAGGAGUAUCAAUUGGCCCUACAGGUACCUUUCACUUUCCAUACAUUAGUAUUGCAAUACCUUAGGCACGGAACUGAAGAAGGAAGAAAAGGUGUUAGCUGAUUAAAGCCACAAACUGAUCUGACAGGGUCUAUUUCACCAAAAUAAUUGUGGAUAAUGAAGAUUCCACUGUAAUUGUAUUUAUAGUUUGUCAAAAUGUCUGUCACGAUUAAUAUUUAGUAGGUGUGUAAGUUACAAGUUACAAAUUCAGUUCACCUAUUAAUGGUUUCAGGUUGAUUUUAAUGUGUACUUAAAUUUAAAUAUCAUUUAAAGGAGUACCAUUUUGGAUCUUAUAAUAAUGUUGCUUCUAGUCCCCAAAAAAACUUCUGUUGAAGUUUUGAAACUGUUAAAGGUGUGUUCUAUUUUUAUCAGCAAUUAAUUGUUUUUAAUAGUUUGUAUGCAUCUUUCUAGUACUGUAUGCAAUGUCACAAUAAGAACUGACUACCGUUAUUUCAGUAUCCUGACCCUAUUGGUCCUGAAAUUAGUUUUUUGGGUUCCUAGCACAAUAGCAUAUACCUCAUCUGGAACAGUAUUUGUGACAUAUAUAUUUAUACGUGUACUUUUAAUUAUGUAGCUUUAGAAUAAGGCAACAUAUUUCUCAGCUGUGAAAUCAUUAUGUUUUCACCAAGAAUGGGUAUGCGAGACUGCAGAUGUGGGAAUUGAAUGAGCCAGCUUUGCUAACUAUGUUAAUGCAAUGUUAACUAAGGCUAGGUAAAAGUGAAUAAUGUUCACAGCCAAACAGUUGGAGGAAAAUUAAAUCUGUGGUGUAUCCCUUCUUAGAUCCCAGGAUAGAUUUUUUUGGACAUCAAAUCUGCUUUAUCAUAGAAUGGUUGGCCAGAUCGUCAAAUAUGAUUUUACUCAUGAUUAUGUAAUAUUUCUCAGAGUGAAGGCACCAGGAAGGAAGGAGAUUUUCGGAUUCAUCUCCUGCCCCUCCCUGUCACCGCAUGUUGACUGGUUAUAGUGUGCAGGUUAAAUACCUCAUUAAUUGGCAUACUUGACACUUGACCUGUUGAUAAAAGCUAAUUUUGGGGUGUACAGCACUUGGCCUAAUUUUUUUUAAGUUAGUGAGAAAUUUCUAAGUUGUGAUUUUAGGACUUAUUCCAUGUCCUGCAGUCAUCUAUCAGAUCAGACAGUUUUGAUAUUUUUAAAAUACUACCUUCCGGAUUAGGAAUUGCAGAUGUAUGCAUUUAAGGUGAUGACAUUAUCUAGAGGUGUAUGACUUUCUUGAUACAAGGUACUUGAAAUCAUUGACUGUCUUUGCUGUCAUUCUUGAAUAGACGAAUAGUACAUAUACUUUGAAAAUAUCUAGUUGUCCUUUUGCAGAAUCGUAUUGAUUUAGUUUUCAGCUGCAUUAAUAAGCUUGAACAACUGUAUCCUCAACCACUUUACAAUUUUUAUACUUUAACUGGAGGUUUUCUGGAGUACAAUGUUCAUAGAUAGCUGAACUCCGACCGGCUCCAACCUCUGGCUGGAAAACAAUAAAAGGAAAGUCUGUAAAGGAUUAAAGUUACUUGUAACCUUUAUUUUUCAAAUCAUAAAACAAAAAAUACUAUAUCAAAAAUAUGGUCAAAAUUGUGUUGAGGCACAUUCAGUACUUAAAGUUUGAAAAAGUAGUUUCCUUAUGGUACCAUGUAUACACAAAUGUUAAAAGAUUUUAUUUUUUUAUUUUUUUGCAUAUGUUAUGUGAAUAAAUCAAUUAUAGCUUUUUCUAUUUGUUUUAUCCUAGCAGUUAACUCUAAUAGAUGCACUGACAACAAUAAAAGUCCUCUUUUCUGUAAUACCUGGUUUACACAUUCCUGGUGUAACAUAACUGCAAUUACGGGAUUUUUUUUACAGUAGCAGUAUUCAAAUCUUAUUCACUGGAAAACAAGUUCACUUAAAAAAUAAACUGCUUUGUAAAUGAAA